AUGUUAGCCUGGUUUGUCGUUUGCCAUAUAAGGCAUUGUAGAGAAGCCUGCGAUCCAAGGUCCUAUACUAUGCAUUCGACGCGUUGCCAAUGGCGUGGUCUCCAGAGACUAUCAUCGCAUUAGUUACCCUCCUUGUAGCAAGCCCUUCAACAUUGCUACUCAUAUGGAAGUACAUCAGACGGAGAAAAAUACGGUGCACGAUUGACCAACUCGAACGAGCCGGGCCCUCCUCCGUCCCACCCACAUCCAAUGACCUAAUCCUUAGUCGUUUCGCGUUCGGGCAUCCUGAAAUCCUUCUGGAGACAGGACUAUAUCGGGAUGGGGCUGUCAUACAGAUUUAUACCUAUGUCCCGCCACAAAGUCUCACGACACAACCAUGGCCGAGCUAUUGUUAUCACGGACAACGCUCUGGGAAUCCACCGUCGUCAGCUGGAAGACCUAUGUGGGAGUGGGAAUGAUUGAAGCGUCUAUAACGAGUGAAGGCUCUGCCGUACAGGAGGUCAAGCUGCCAGCUGGAUGCAGGGAACGAGAUCACCAUUAAAUGAUUAUUACGCUCGCCUAAUGUUUAAUUAGACAAAUGAUAGAAUUAUGUUUUUAUGUAUAUUGCGAUUUACAAACUAGACCUCUACAGUGAUAUGGAUACGGAUACGCUGGAUCGGAGAUAGACACGCAAGCC